GUCUAGUACACCGCCUUCGAGAUAUGAGCCGUGGGAUCGAGAUCUACACACAACACACCAAACUCAAACUGAGGAUACGAAAUUGCUCGAAGAUGUCUUAUAUGUGGCAUCAGUCUGUUCAGUGUAUAAAAUAUGAGCCAUGUGCUCAUUUGGCUUGGAUGAAAGCAACGAGAGAAGUACGGCGUAGAGGCUGGUAUUGUGUAUGGGAUUUGACAGGCACAUCCCUCCAGCCCUAGUAGGCGGUGAAGACAAGCUACACUAUCCUGCUUUCGGUGUCGCAAGAUACUUUUCCAGGUUUUGCGAACACACUAGUCCGAUUGAUCGUGAUAAUAAUAAUUCCAUCGAGAGUCGGGCAAUCCACACUCCACAGAGCCUCGCACGGAGGACAUCAUUCCGUAACUCUAUCGCAGACAGCUACGGGGCUAUUGAUCGCUAUCUGGGAUUUCCGCUUUUUUCCAGAAGCUCGAGCAGGUUAUGGUACUUUUGUCUCACUCUCUGCCUUAUUUACUUUUUCCUUGGCUUCACUAUUGAAUUACGUGAUGACCAUCCACUCUUUACAAAUGCGUGCUUAUUUUUAAUUACUUUGUCCUUUUCCAUACUAGCGAUCCCUGGAUUCUUCAUCCCCACUCUUGGGCUUUUCUUCAACCUGGCUCCGUGGUUCGAGUUUCGACAGGGUUCCCCAGCCGCUCAUAGGCACAAAAAGUUAGUCAAGUCCGGACUUGAUUAUUCCAUUUCAAAUGGUCCAUGUACGGUAAUCACAAGCAUCACUACCUAGAUAAGUCAUGGCUGCAUCCCAUCAACCAUCAUGUAAGAACAGCACAGAACUCCCGUGUCUCGUAGACUCGUCCCUGCAUGCUCCAGGAAGACUUGGAUGAACAACAGAUCGUAAACAGAUGGCAACACAAUACUAAUUGCAUAGACAAUGAUGAACUGAACUCCCAUAUUUCCGCGCAUCCUGCUAAAGCCAAACCCAACCGACCGAGGCACUUUUCCACUUAUCUUCAUCGGACCAGGCAUGUACAAAGACCUUGUGUGUCGCCGAUCACAAUUCGUCCUCCAGGUAUUUGUAGACAAACUUGAAGUCAGCCUUGCGACGGUUCAUCCUGUGACCUUGUUAGCUUGGCUCUACACGAGAGACUGAGU